AAAAGAACUAAAAAGAAAUUACAUACAGUUUGUUCAAACUAUUUUUCAUCCUUUUCCCUGUUAUACUACUAUGUCCUAGUUAUUAUAAACUAUCCUUGUUUUUGCCUCUUUCUUCUAUUUUGUUUCUCUGCCACCAUGAGCAACAAAGGUAGCGGCGGCGGCGUAGGUGAGGGGUCUGCGGUGUUGAUCCCUGACAAUGCAAAGAACACGAUCCAAAGCAUAAGGGAGAUCACAGGGAAGCAACACAGCGAUGAAGAAAUCUAUGCAGUCCUCAAUGAGUGUUUUAUGGAUCCUAAUGAAACUGCCCAAAAGCUUCUUUAUCUCGAUACAUUUCAUGAGGUGAAAAGAAAACGUGAAAAGAAAAAGGAGGCAACUGGUACACAAGGACCAGCGGGGCGGGGUAGACGAGGGAACUAUGGUAAAGAUGUUGUAGGUGCAAGGAAUGCAUCUGCUCCAAAGGAAAAUGGAGUUAUUCAUACCUCAGAUAGAGGUUCUGCGUCUUUUCCAGCAUCUCAGAAAGUGAAAAACAAUGCAGCACCUUGCAUGACUAAAACACCAACCGCUAUUCCAAAUGGCACUAAGACUUUGCCAAAUGGGAUCUCCAAUCAGGGACAUGGACUGCCAUUGUCUGUUGCUGGUGUUAAUAGUGAAACUAAGGAUGGCUUACCUUUAGUCGGUCCAACUACAAUUUCAGUGCAACUGACUGUUACAGAAGCUCCUGCCAACAUUUCUGCUCAGUCCUUUAGCUCUCUGACCAGAGAUCAAGAGAAGUUCUCAUCAAUAUCUGGUGCCUCACCAACUUCUGCCACUUCCACAACCUUGUCUGGUGUCUAUUCUUCUGCUUCAGAUCCUUUGUUGGUGCCAACUGAGUCAUGGCAUGUUGGUGAUGUGGGUACAACAGAACAAGAAUCUGGAUGCCAACUAGAAUCAGCUGAAACAGAUCAUAUUCAAGGAAACAAGAAUGCUCCCUUUGAUAUUAAUCUAUCUAACACAGAGAAAACAGCCUCGGAAAUUCGGAGCUCAAUGCAUGAAAAGAAUCCUCCUAGGAAAUCAAAGGUUGCUGAACAGACUAAGCAGUCCAAGCCUAUAGAGCCUGCAUUGCUACAAGUGGUCACAUCUGAGAUUGCAGCCGUCACUGAUAAAGCAAAUUCUCAAUUGCUUGCUGAUUCAAAUUUUCCCAAUGGUCAACAUGUUACUUUUCCCACCCACUUCCGAGUCUCUGAAGCAUUAACAGAUGGCUUAACUUUUGGAAGCUUUGAUGCUAGUUUUGGACAGGUAACAAGACAUGGUAUUGGUACUAGUGCGGAGAUUACCCCUGCAUAUCCUAUUGAAACUUCUCAGGGUAGUGAUGAAACUGCUGAAGAGCCUUCUUCUAGAAGCAAAGGUAUGCUAUCAGCUAUGGAAGGUGAUAGUGCUGAUCAACCACAACCACCUCCUGAUUUUGAAAAAGCACCCAAAUCAGAUGACAUUAUUUCAUCUGAUGCAAACUUGAAAGUUGAUCAGUCAAGUCAAGAAAUGCGUUUGCACUCAGAGGGUAAUCAGAGUGUCAUUCCAAAUGACCCAAGAUAUGGAUUUGGUUUAAUGCCUGCAUCAGCAAGCCACUUUGUGCAGUUUGAUGGACUUGAGGCUGAGGCGCAUGAUGUUUCUCGCCCUGCAAACUUUGUCAAUGGGAAUUCUUCAGAUCCGUCUGGCAAUUCAGCACCACCUGUUCAGAGCACAGUUACUGCUGCCCCACCAGCAGUUCACCUUUACCGACAACCAUUUCCACCUAAUUACUUCCCUUAUCUGCACUAUUUUCCACCAUUUUAUAUGCAUUAUCCACCGCAUCAGUUUUUAAACUCAAGUGGGGUCCCUCAGCAACCUUCAACUGGGAACAUGUACAUGCCACCUGGGGUCAAAUUCCCUCUUUCACAGUUAAAGCCUGGAAGCAAUGCAGGAAAUCCUGCUCUCCUUACAAUUCCAUCAGGAUAUGGUCAAUUGACUUCUCCACCUGUUGGUUUCAAUUUAUCUGUUCCAUCAGUUACCUCUGGAAGCUCUGCUAGUAAGGAGGAUCUUGCAGCAUCGCAAUUGAAGGAAAAUCAUAUAUACACAACUGGAUCACUGAAUGAAGGUUCGGCUCUCUGGAUGCCUGCACUGGGGCAAGAUUUAACCAACUUGCAGGUUAAUUCUUUGUACAACCUCUCUCUUCACGGCCAACAGGUUCCCUUCUCUCCUGCUGCACAGGCUGGUCAUGGUGCCUUUGCUGGACUUUAUCAGCCACCACAAACAUUAGCUGCUCCUUCCAAUGUUAAUAAUCUGCUACAACAGUCUCAGCCCAUAGCUGCAGCUGUUGAAACUGCGAGUGCCCUUACUGGUGCUUAUCAGCAGCCUCAACUUGCACAGAUGAACCGGAACUCUAAUUACUGAACUUUUAAGAGGAGCUUUUAAGAGGGUGAAACACUGGCCUGCAUUCUGAGGGUAAAAUUAUUAAGGGCAUCUGAGAUAAUAUCAAUUAGGGUAAUAUCUGUUGAAGGAAAGAUGUUGCUGACAUGUCUGGGUUUCUAUUGGAACUAGUUACUAUUCUCAAAAGAUACUCUGUAGGAAUCUAAGAGGUCAAUAGCAUGAUUAGGUGGGACUGAUUUGGCUAAAUUUUCCAUUCUAAAGUCUCACUCAUGACUCACCUGUAUGAUAAAUUUUGAAUAGGGAUACAAGCUGUAUGUAAUUGGUAUAUGAGAGAGUUAUUCUAGCUUCAUUGUAUAAUUCCCUGAUGAUCAUAUCAUAUCAUUGUCAUUUUAUUAUGAGGUUAUUUAAGAUUUCAUAAUCAAUUCUUCCCUAUUAUGAACAAUGAAGUACCUUUUCCAUGAA